CACUAACUAUCCUUCAUCUUGGCAUCGCAAAACGGCAUCACUAAUAAAAAAAUUUUCAGCUAGAAAAGUUGUAAUAACUGUUGAAGAACUGGAAUAUUACUUGUAAAAAUUAUAUAGAGUUGUUGUUCAAAGCUGUUGCUUUCGUUUGAUAGCUCAAAGAGAAAGUUCUAAUCAAAAUGGAGAGGAACAAUGAUCGUGGAGAACGCGGUCGUAGGCAUCGUUCUAAAUCCCGUUCUCGUGAACGGCGCCGUAGUCGCAGCCGUGGCGAAAGAAAGCAACGUUCUCGAUCGAGGUCACCGUACCGCAAGGGCCGUUCCCGUCGGAGGAAGCCUUCUCUGUAUUGGGAUGUUCCGCCGCCAGGUUUCGAACAUAUUACACCAUUGCAGUACAAGGCCAUGCAAGCAGCCGGUCAAAUACCAGCUAAUAUUGUAGCCGACACUCCCCAAGCAGCCGUACCAGUUGUUGGCUCCACCAUUACUCGUCAGGCCCGACGUUUGUACGUCGGAAACAUUCCGUUUGGCGUGACGGAAGAGGAGAUGAUGGAAUUUUUCAAUCAGCAAAUGCAUCUCUCCGGAUUGGCGCAGGCGGCUGGUAAUCCAGUGCUUGCAUGCCAAAUCAAUUUGGAUAAGAAUUUUGCCUUCCUCGAGUUUCGUUCGAUCGACGAAACCACGCAGGCAAUGGCCUUCGACGGUAUCAACUUUAAGGGUCAAAGUUUGAAGAUUCGCCGACCGCACGAUUAUCAACCGAUGCCUGGUAUGACCGAUUCGGCAGCCAUUAGUGUGCCAGAGAAAUUCACCGGCGUCAUCAGCACCGUGGUACCGGAUUCGCCCCACAAAAUUUUUAUUGGCGGUUUACCCAACUAUUUGAACGAGGAUCAGGUCAAAGAACUGCUACUUUCAUUCGGACAACUGAAAGCCUUCAACUUGGUCAAAGAUGCUGCCACCGGUCUUAGCAAGGGUUACGCAUUUGCCGAAUAUGUCGAAUACACAAUAACGGAUCAGGCGAUUGCGGGUUUGAAUGGUAUGCAGCUUGGCGAUAAGAAACUCAUUGUUCAAAGGGCAAGCGUCGGAGCGAAGAAUGCGAACGUGGCUGCCGUAGCACCUGUUCAGAUUCAGGUACCGGGUCUCUCGCUGGUUGGUUCCUCUGGUCCACCGACGGAAGUGCUUUGUCUAUUGAACAUGGUUACACCGGACGAACUGAAGGAUGAGGAAGAAUACGAAGAUAUUCUGGAGGACAUCAAGGAAGAGUGCAACAAAUAUGGUGUCGUGCGUAGCGUAGAAAUUCCGCGGCCGAUCGAAGGUGUCGAUGUGCCCGGUUGUGGCAAGGUCUUCGUUGAGUUUAACUCGAUCGUGGACUGUCAGAAGGCCCAACAGGCACUCACCGGGCGUAAGUUCAGCGAUCGGGUGGUCGUUACUUCUUACUUUGACCCUGAUAAGUAUCAUCGACGCGAGUUUUAAGUUGACUAGUUGACUGUCCACCUAGCCAUUAGGCGAAAAGUCAGCUUUAACAGACAGAAGAAAAUAAUUAUAGGUUUCUUGAUUACAACGGCAAAUUCUUGUGUCCUUAAGACAAUACUGCACUGACCGCGGAAGAGCGUAUCUUUGUGGAGGUUCAUUAAUUGUAAAACAUAAGAAAUUAAAAAAAUAAUAACAUUGUGCAGACAAACUUCCAGCUCUAACAUACCGACAAAUACACAUUUUUUUGCCGGCUCUACUAAUGCACUGCAAUCUCGAAAGUUUUAUUGCGAAAGUUUCCAUUUUAAUUUUUGUCUGCAAUCAUUUUUCUAUUAUCAAUACUAUUUCUCAUGAGCAUUGUGAUGCAAAUGCUGACGGGCGCCGGGCACUUUCAGAGCAUCUUGAAAAUCAUACAAAUCCAAAAUCAACACAAUGCGAACGGCUAAGUUUAGACAAUGUGGAUGAUUUUUACGCGCAAAAAUGUUCGAGCGAAAAAAGCUCACACAGGCAUGCUAACUGCGCUGAGUUGUGGUGCAAGUAAAACUUUUUCAAUUAAAACAAUUAGCUUCUGCUGCCACUGGGAAAGUGUAGACACAGCAAGUGAGAUUGAUCUGAUGAGUUGCUGUUAGCGGAGGACUGGAUGAAUGAUGAAAGGCAUUUCUAAUUUAAAUCUUAAGCAGGUAAAUGUUUCCGUCAGUAAAUGCAGCUUGAGUGUUUGCCCUCGUGCAUCUUCAUCGGAACGAACUGUUAUGGAGCGCGGUGUUCGUGUGAAUUUAACUUUCAACAGCAACACAAAGUUACACAUAAAUUGCAUGUCAGAAAUAUGGAAAUGGAAAUAAACUGCACUUAAUUGUA